AUGCCCUCAGUGCAGGGCACGUUGAUGCCAUUUCUCUACCCUUGCCUUUUCCGGUCCUCUGCGAAUUGCCUGCACGCUCAAGCUCGUCGGAUUCGUCUUCACACCCGUCCCCGGUUCCGACAUAUACACCAAACUGGUCGACUCAGUAAACCGUCCGUUGCGGAAAACGAUGCGUCUCUCCACGCCUCUACCUUCGAGGCUCCUAAACCACUGACCCCUGCUGCAUCGACCCACCUGAACCCUUCCCCGGACGAUUACUCCCGCUCGAUCUUCGUCGACAAAUGCCAAAUAACCAUCCACGCGGGCUCCGGUGGGAGUGGAUGCGUGUCAUUCCUACGCGACGCUCACAUAGCCGAUGGGCCGCCCAACGGCGGCGACGGCGGGUCGGGAGGAAGUGUGUUCAUCCAGGCCGUCUCUGGACAAACAUCCCUUCAUAAACUUGCCAGACGAGGUAUCAUAAAAGCCGGUCGUGGCAUAGGGGGGCAAGGUAAAUCCCAAGGUGGACGCAGGGGGGAGGACAUCUGCAUCCAGGUCCCCGUGGGAACGGUAGUGCGAGAAAUAUGGCGCAGCGAUCCCAGCGCGGAAGAGGAAAUUCGCAUCAAAGAACUCCGCGCCAUGAGUGAUGAAACAGACCUCUUCAAGAUCCCGGAUAACGGUCUAAGAAAUAGAUUCAUUAUCUACGCUGGCGCUACAACUGCAGACGACCGUCAACAAAUCUCUUCGCAUUUGCCCUCUCUCACUUCUCACAUGCUGAAACCCAGAAAAUCCCAUCUCGCCAUCCUGCAGCCUCGGGCACCUAUCCAUUUAGACCUGGAUAAGCCCAUGGACAAACCCAUCCUCCUCGCCGCAGGGGCGGUGGGCGGACUAGGAAACCCACACUUUGCGACGAAAUCCGACCCGAAGCCCAAGUUCGCGACGAAGGGUGAAUUAGGCGUGCGGAUUAGACUCGAGUUGGAGCUCAAGUUGCUGGCGGAUGUGGGACUGGUUGGGUUACCUAACGCUGGCAAAAGUACAUUCACACGCGCGAUAUCCAAUUCAAGGACGAGGAUAGGCGACUGGGCGUUCACCACUCUCGCACCUACCAUCGGAACGGUGAUCCUGGAUAACAACAAAGGGCGUCCAUUAGUGCGUUCCGGCGUCCCAUCCGGAGACCCGGAUAACUCGUCUUCAUCUGGAAGCAUCAUCCCCCGUCAAUCCUUUACCGUAGCGGACAUUCCUGGACUCAUCGAAGACGCGCAUUUAGACAAGGGUCUCGGACUCUCUUUCCUCCGACACAUUGAGCGGGCAAGGAUCUUGGCAUUCGUGGUGGAUUUGUCUGCUGGAGAUGCCGUCACGCAGCUGAAGGCCUUGUGGAAAGAAGUCGGGGAGUACGAGAACCUCAGGGAUCGAGAAGUGAGUGAACAGACGGAGCAGAGGCUGAUCAAUUGGUCGCCCUUCGAAGCCCAAUCUGCGCCAGCCACCGGGGACGGACUUUUCAACGGCGAAGGAGAGCAAAUGUCAAUAUUUCCUUCAGGCCCCGCCUCCUCCCGUCCAUCAUCAUCGACACUCGAACCAUUGGCUUAUCCGCCCAUCAGCGCGAAACCCUGGUUCGUCAUCGCCACAAAAGCAGACAUCUCUCAUCCGGUCGCCCCGACGACACUAGAAGCCAAUGCCUCGUCAACGCAAGCAAACUUUCUUUCUCUAGCAGCAUAUAUGAAGCAAGUGGAGCACGGACAGGUCGAACAUCCUAGCGGGAAACAAAACGGAUGGCGGAAUCGCGUGGCUGCAAUACCCGUUAGCGCUAUAAGGGGAGAGGGGAUCGAUAAGGUGAUGAGAUAUACGGCAGGUGUCUUGGACAGCCUUGUCAUUGGGCGGUAG